AUGUUGGUGUCGUCCGAAGAAGCGAAGGUUGGAGGAUGGGUCUGUGCAGGGUUGUCCUUGGUCAUCCUGGUUAUCCGGAUGUUUGCGGCGAGGCUACACCAUGGCUCUUUCGACAUCAGUACAGUUGUCUGUGUCGCUGCCAUUGUCACAAUCAUCGCACGCUUGGUGGUUAACCAAUUCGUCCUCACCUUCGGCACAUCGAACGACGCACUGAAUGGGAGGUCAGGAUACUUCAAUGCCGAAGAUCUGGGAAAUCUCAAGAUUGGAAGUGUCCUGUCAUUGAUCGCGCGACUCUUGAUCACCACUAUAUGCUGGCUGCAGAACUGCUUGUUGCUACUAUUCUACUCUCGAAUCUUUGAAAUUCGUGCGCGGUGGACGACGAAGCUCAUCCGGAUUACUUGGAUUGCAAUACCCGUCACAUACAUUAUUGUGAUACUCUCGACCUUUCUCGAAUGUUACCCUUUCCACCUCUAUUGGCAGGUCGACCCGAGUCCCGGCAGAUGUGUCAAAGCCUAUGUUCAAUUACUCCUUCAAGGGAUCUCGAACAUCGUAUUGGACCUCCUACUCCUGGCCAUCUCCUACCCGCUUCUCGCUGCGGUGCGUCAACGGAGUCUACCAGAACAGCUGAGGGUUGGGACGUUAUGCUGUUUGGGCGUCUUUUGUAUCAUCAUCACGAUCGUGCGCAUCGCCUACAUUUACGCGGAAUUAUCCUAUCAACCGGUCCGCAGCUUCUUUGCCUCGGUUCAGAUCGGAGCAUCAUGCUUCGUGGCGAAUGUGCCAACAAUCUACGGAUGUGUCAGAAUGAUUAGGAGGCGCAAGUCGGAGCAAAUGAUGAGGCGAGGAAGCCGACCAGAAAUAUGGUUGCAGCUGCAAGCUACCAAUGAAAGCAGUUCUCCGGUCAAUGUUCCCGUCGCCAUGAUAAGGGAAACGAGUACCUCAACGAACGCUUCGGAGAAGACAUGGGCGCGUUGGGUCCCAUGA